AUGCUGGAUGGCGGCAGGAAAUGGCGGGCCCGUGACGUGAGCCUCUCUUCGGAGGGCGGCAAGCGCCCUGCGGACCACCCGCUGAACGCCAAGCGCCGGCGGGUGGAGGGCGCUGAGGUCACGGGGCAGCGGCUCCAGGGCACCGUCAAGAGCUUUGCCGGGGAGAGCGGCACCCUGUCGUCCCCAGGCCUGGCGCAAGACGUGGCCUUCCAAAAAGCGUCGCUGCCAGCUGGGACCAAGAGUGUGUCCGUCGGACAAAGCGUCGAGUUCGUGCUGGCAGUCGGCGAGAACGUGUCCGCCGAAAGUAUCGCACUCAUCCACUGA